AUAUAUAAUGUUUAUCAAGGCGCAGGUCUUAAUCUAGUUUACACUUAUUCUUGCAUAAUUUUAAUGGUUGAUAAUAAAACUGCGGCAAUCCUUUGUUGAGGUUUUAAAAACAAUUUAAAGCGAGCAUUUAAUGUAAUAGGUUUAACUUGAAAACCUGUUUAGCUUCCGAAAAAGUACUCCCUCUAUUUUUAAGAGUUUUACAAAUAUCUUCGUCUAAUUUAAUUUGUUUAAACCCCUCAAGUUAUCGGAGAGAUAGAGAUAGAGAGUGUGUGUUUAGAGAGAGAAAGUACAAGUUUGCGACUGUGUUGCAGCCAUACAUAGAGAGCAAAACAAGAUCUCUUCCCGUCUAUCCUUGAUAGGUAACUCUCUUCAUCGUAACAUUUCUCUUCACUAAAGUAGCUUAAAUCUCUCUCUGUCUUUAUCUUAUGAUACGUCUCUAAUCAAUUUAUGUCCCCUUAUUCCAGAUUUUAUCAAAGUGAUUUAAGAUUUGAUUUUCAUAGGAAGGAAAUAUAAUGAAUUCUAACAACUGGCUUGCCUUUCCUCUAUCACCAACCCAUUCUUCUUUGCCUCCUCACAUCCACUCCUCACAGACCUCUCAAUUCAAUCUCGGCUUGGUCAACGACAAUAUGGACAACUCUUUUCAAAACCAAGAAUGGAAUAUGAUCAAUCCACACGGUGGAGGCGGAGAAGGAGGAGAGAUUCCAAAAGUGGCUGAUUUCUUAGGAGUUAGCAAGUCGGACAAUCAUCAAGCCGACCACAACCUCGUACCGUACAACGACAUUCAUCAAACCAAUGACUCAGAUUACUACUUCCAAACCAAUAGUCUGUUACCUACCGUUGUCACUUGUGCCUCUAACACUCCUAAUAACUAUGAGCUUCAAGAGAGUGCCCACAAUUUGCAAUCUCUCACCCUUUCAAUGGGAAGUGCCGGAGGCGCCGCUGCCGCAGCGGCGGCCGUUAAAGCCUCGCCUGCUGAGACCAGCGCGGAUAAUAGUAGUAGCACUACUAACAUAAGUGGAGGAACCAUCGUUGAAGCUGCACCGAGACGGACCGUGGAAACUUUUGGACAACGAACCUCUAUCUAUCGUGGCGUUACAAGACAUAGAUGGACCGGUAGAUAUGAAGCUCAUCUUUGGGAUAAUAGUUGUAGAAGAGAAGGACAAUCAAGGAAAGGAAGACAAGUCUACUUAGGUGGGUAUGACAAAGAAGAGAAAGCAGCAAGAGCAUAUGAUUUAGCUGCACUCAAAUAUUGGGGCCCCUCUACUACUACCAACGUUCCGAUUACUAACUAUGAGAAGGAAGUUGAGGAGAUGAAAAACAUGACGAGACAAGAGUUUGUGGCUGCUAUUAGAAGGAAAAGUAGCGGAUUCUCGCGUGGUGCAUCGAUGUAUCGAGGAGUAACAAGGCAUCAUCAACAUGGAAGAUGGCAAGCAAGGAUUGGCCGAGUUGCUGGAAACAAAGAUCUCUACUUGGGAACUUUCACCACAGAGGAAGAAGCAGCAGAAGCAUACGACAUAGCUGCAAUAAAGUUUCGAGGUCUAAACGCGGUUACGAAUUUUGAGAUUAACCGCUAUGAUGUAAAAGCUAUCCUAGAGAGCAACACACUUCCUAUAGGAGGUGGUGCAUUUAAACGGCUCAAAGAAGCUCAAGCUCUAGAAUCAUCAAGAAAACGUGAGGAAAUGAUAGCCCUCAGCUCAAAUUUCCAUCAGUACGGCGCAGCGAGCGGCUCUAGCUCUGGGCUUCAGCUUCAACCUUACCCACUAAGCAUUCAACAACCUUUUGAGCAUCUUCAUCACCAGCCUCUACUUACCCUACAGAACAACGAUGUCUCACAGUAUAAUACUAACGUUCAUGAUUCCUACAGUUACAUCCAGACGCAGCUUCAUCUUCACCAACAACAAACCAACAAUUGCUUGCAGUCUUCUAGUCACAGCUCGCAACUCUACAAUGCUUAUCUUCAGAGCAACCCUGGUUUGCUUCACGGAUUUGUCUCUGAUAAUAACAACGCUUCAGCGGUUUAUGGAAACAAUGGGAUUGGUAUUGGGUCAACCUCCACAGUAGGAACAUCGGCCGAGGAAGAGUUUCCCACGGUUAAAGUUGAUUACGAUAUGCCUCCUUCAGGUGAAGCCACAGGGUAUGAAGGAUGGACUAAUGCAGAGCAUGGUCAGGGGUCAAAUCCAGGAGGUGUCUUCACAAUGUGGAAUGAAUAAACGGUUAUUUUCUGUGUUUCUUGCGAGGCAAGGUAUGGUUCUGAAUGAUAGAUAUUAUUUUCUUGUUUACCAAGUAGUUUAGAAUCGGCUGGAGUCUUCUUGAUUAGCAGAGGCUUUUGAUUUUUUUUUCCACUUUUGACGGCGAAGAUGAUGAAUUUGUAGACGGCGGUUAAUCAAGUCCUCAAGGGUUAGUGUUUUAUGGGCACUGAAAUAAGAUGGAUACGUGCCCAAAUUUUGUUUAAAAGCUAACCCUUUUGACUAAUUUCUCAAACCUGUAAUUCCUUUUAUAAUUAAGAUUUAUGUUCCCU